GUUAGACCCAUGACCUUUCAACCUGGAAGUAAAUUCCUGUCACUGCUGGCACUUCACAAAUUCAGUGAAUGUUGUUAAAACGGAGCCGGUUGGGUUGGAUUUUGUAGGGAGACAGUGAUUCCUGUCAGAGUGGAUCAGCAGUGACAUGGCGGGGGCAGGAGCGGAUAUGGAGAUGGAUUACACGGUGCAUGAAGCCUGGAACGAUGCGACUAAUGUUUACUUGAUCGCCAUUCUGGUCAGCUUCGGCCUCCUGGUCUACGCUCGAAAAAAUAAAAGGAAGAUUAUGCGAAUAUUCACUGUGCCUCCAACUGUUGACCGAACACCUGAGCCCAAUUUUUAUGACAGCUUACAGAAAAUUCGAUUACGGCAACAGCUAGAGAUGUACUACAUUGCGCGAAAGUAUGACCAGCAAGGACAGCCGGAUAGCGUGCAGCUUACAGUGGACUGAGGACUGCUGGUUACAGCAUAAUAACACAAAAAGGCACUAUUGGUAUUGAAGUGGAAAUGACAAAAUAAGGAUCAUGACUAGAACGUGAAGCCAUUAAAAAUAAACAAUAAAAAUGCUGUGAAUCUGAAAUCCGAGUAGAAUAUGUUGGAACUUAAUGUUCACUUGUUGCAAAACAAAUAGGCAGGAGAGGUGAGAUUGUUGCUUGUCAUAUUAAGAAUACUGGCUUAAUUUUUCCAAUCUGCAUGUAAAUCAGCAAAUCAACAUUUUUUUCAGAAAAACAAUUGAUAUCAAUUAUGUUAAUGACACUGAUUUCCUCAGCAUAAAAUAUGAUGAGAAGGGGAGUCAAGGUUUUGAGUGUCAGACAUUUGUAAGAUAAUCUCCCAACAUUAAGAAAAGAAUGUAAGUUAAUAGGAAUGUAUGAUGUGUUGAGUAGUAGUAGACCAUUUGACCCCUAACGCUAGCUAUACUAGUCAAUUCAAUCAGAGCUAAUUCUCUGCCUCAACUCCACUUCCCCAACCCUGUCCCAUAUCCCUGUUUCUGAGGGACCAAAAAUAUAUCAAGUAUAUUUAAAGCCAAGCUCAAUUAUGGAGUAUUCACAUUAUUACAGGUCCACAGGUGACAUACUGGAUGGAGUUGAGAAGAUGAAGAAUAACUCUCCAAGGAUUGAUGUUAUGAUGAAACGACAUUUAUGUUUUCAAUUGAGGAUUUUUGAACGGUAUAAUAUUAAGCUUUCUCCAUAUCUAUGCAUGAAUUUUUGUUCUAAAGGUUUUAUUUUGAACUGGAAUACAGUACAACUUUAUCAUUAUUGGCGUGAGGAUUCUCAUUAACUCAUUUGAAUUUGAUAUGAUAAUUGGAUUUUAUAAUAGGACUGUUUAGUACGAUGUUAUUUAGUUAAAUAAAAAUGUUAAUUGAAAAUA